AUGAAGCACCUCCUCGCCCCCGUCGCCCUGCUCGCUGCCCGCGCAACAUUCCCCGACGCCGAGGCUGGCGACGAUGUCAAGGGCUGCGCCCAAGGUCUAUACAUGAUCACUGUCCGUGGUACUGGCGAGGAGCAAGGCAUUGGUGUUUUUGGCAGCUUGAUUGGAAGGGAGGUUGCCAAGCAGAUCAAGGGCAGCAAGGUGGUUGCUCUUGAAUACCCUGCCACCCUUGCGGAUCCCCUAUAUCCUUACUCCGUCGGCAAUGGCACCAAGGACCUGACUGAGCUCCUCCAAGAGCACCAAACCAGCUGUCCCGACGGCAAGGUUGCCAUUCUAGGUUACUCCCAGGGUGCCCAAGUCACCUUGGAUACGCUUUGCGGAACCGACGAGGUUGGCUUUCAGGCCACCGCCCCAAUCCCUUCCGACGCCGUUAAAAACGUCGUUGCCAUCACCGUGUUUGGUGACCCAACCCACAUUGCCAACGUCUCUUAUGACAGAGGCACGAGCAAAAAUAACGGCCUCUUCCCGCGCAAAAAUAGCGCCAAUUGCGAGAAAUACGCCAGCAAGAUGGCCUCAUGGUGUGACACGGGCGAUGUCUACUGUGACCUGGGAGACGACAGGGCUGUCCACGGCCAGUACAUCGAAAAGUACGGCCGCGAAAUCAUCCAGUUCAUAGUUGACAAGUACAAGGGCAAGAGCGGAGACAACUCAACCAGUGUAACAACCGGCGUCCCUACCGGCGCCCCUACCGGCGGUAUUUCACCGGGCGUCAACUCAACGGCCACGACUGCUAAGCCCACCAACUCCGGCACCCCCUCUGGUGGCGGUGCUGCUACCUCGCCGCCAGCGCCCGUCCCUCAGGGAGCUGCCGCCGGUCUGGACAUGGCUAGCAAGGGCCUUUACGUUGCCUUGCCGUUGGCUCUCGUGGCCAUGUUUCAAAUGCUCAAGCUAUAG